AUGGCGAGAGUGAAGCACACGCCAGCUUCGCGAAAAGUCGGUAUGUCUGAAAUUGAAUACAUUGUUUCUCACUUAUCAGAAUCAAACCCUGAUUUUCUUCCAUAUGCAAAUUCUAAGGUAAAAAAAAAGUUGCACGUGCUUCCACAUCCACAACACGAAGGAGCAGAAGCACCUGAGACUCAGAGAAGGAAGAAAGCGCGCAGUAAGCCAGGAACAGCCGCGCUUCGUGAAAUUCGUCAUUUUCAGAAGAGUUGCAAGCUUCUUAUCCCGGCUGCCCCCUUUCUAAGAUGUGUUAUCUAUCCUGUACUACUGAUGAUUAGGCGUAUGUUGGACAAACUGUUGAUUGGUGUUGAUUUUACAUGUUACAAUGCAAGAGUGUAA